UUCGCGUCUGGGACCGUGAGCGCACCGCACAGGAAGUGACCUCACUCUGCUGUACGGAGGGGGACCUGGUGAGGUGGGAGGCGGGGGCCUGGGCCUCUCCUGGCUGCCCUGAGCGUCCUGAGAGCCAGCUGCCCUGUGAGUGGUCUAAGUAUGAGGUCAGACUGAGGUUCCGGAUAGGGUGUGACGACGGAGCCGUGACCGACCACUACAAAGCCCGGGACGCCGCUCACAUCUGGCUAAGAGACGUGCUGGCUUCCACCAUCUAUAUAAACAGAGUGUCUGUGUCCCAACUGAAUAAGUACGACCACACGUCCAUCAUGAAAUUCUCUCAAAUGCUUUGACAUCUUACUUUGAAAAAGUAUGUGUUUGAACUACGAAUUGAACAAAGAAUUGUAAUAACACAGGUUACAUGAACGAAUUCUCCCUAACAGGUCGCUGUCUGAAGAAAGAUCUAGAAAGGAGUGGUGGGCAGGUGAUUUCAGCAGGUUCCACUGCCUGGCCCACCUGAACGUGAUCCCCUACCGGGACGUGGCCACGUUUCAGAGGGACAUCCUCAGGCUCCUGAGAGCUUCGUACAACAAGACGGGGGUCCAGAUACUGGCGGACAACGGCAGCAUCUACACAACCCCUAUCGAGGCCUUCCCCUGUGGCGCUCUACCUCUUCCGGAGACAAACUCUUCUCCCUCCACGACCAGCACUCUGAAGACCACACCGUCUGCUCCCACCUCCACCCCGACUUCCAGCACCCCCACCACUACACCCAGCAGCCAGCCCUUCAGCCCAGUGGCCACCAGUAGCUUCAGCGAUGACCUGACCAGCACUUCUACCAGUCCAAUACCAGUCACCACCUUGAAUGCCCUGUCUGAGCUGUAUUUUGAUGUCCAAGCAAACUUUUCUUUGGAAGGGGUCAGGAAUCCUGAGGAUUUUCUCCACACUUGGCUCAAGAACACACUUCCCGAGGACAGGAUGAGCGUGCUGAACUUCAAGGUUCUUCUCAAGACCCUAAGAGAUCAAGAAAAUGUCUCAAUCUCUGAAAGGGCGAUCUCCAAUGGCACGUCAAGAGAGAGCUGUGUGUUUCAAGUCCGGGUGAUGACGUCACCCUCCGACCCCGCUGAGGAGCUCCUGCGUCAGCUGCUGGAGACACCGUACAACAGCAUGUUACAGCGGGACAUUAACAUCAGCCGUAUCUACAUCGUGAAGUGUGAAGGGGUGAGCCACGAGACGGAGAAGGGGCUGUUCCGGUGGCCCACGACCAAGGCCCAGAGCAACGCCACCCUGCCCUGCCCGGGGAACGCCCAGCGCAACGCCACCCGCCAUUGUAAACUCUGCCUCAGCACUCAUUGGUCGGCUCCAGACACCAAUCAGUGCCUCCUAAUGGUGGAAACUAUUCCUGACCUGGACCACAUAGACGUCACUCCUGAGAACAGCAUGGACGUGGUGGAGUUGAUCCAGCGGUUGCUUAGCGACCACUCCGAGCUGACCUAUCCGGAGCUGAUGACCGUGCUCAACAAGCUGAAGUCGGUGCUGAACGUCAGCCUGGUCACGCCGGAGCUCGCCCUCGCCCUCAUCUCCAUCAUCUCCGAGAUCCUGGAGUCGGACAGCGACCUGACGCCCUUCACCAACCUGAUCCUGGAGAUCACGGCGGCAGUGGGGGACCACCUGCAGGGCCACAGCGGCUCCUUCAGCCUGGAGGCCCCAGCCCUGGCCCUGGCCGUGGUGGACCUCCCCAAGGGGCCCUUCAGCAGCCUCAGCUUCGGGGUCUCCUCCAGGCUGGGGGUCUUGAAUCCAGAGAUACACAUCAACACGGUUCCCUUCCUGGGCACCGUGGCCUUCAUCUCUCUGCCAUCUGCGCUGAACCAAAGCUUCCCCGAGCCAGACCCCCCCAGCCUGACCCCACCCAGGGUCCUGUUCCAGUUCUUUGGCAGCCAGAGGCUCUUCAAGGAGCCAGAGAGCACUAAGCGCCACCAAAGGCUCAACACGUUCGUGGUGGCGGCCAGCGUGACCAACGCCAGCCGUCCAAUAACAGACCUGGACAAGGACGUGAAGAUCAUGCUCCACCAUGUGGUGCCCAAUCAGCUCAACAGGAGCGUGCAGUGUGUCUACUGGGACUUCAACCGGAACAGGGGGCGCGGCGGCUGGGACAGUCGCGGCUGCCGGACACACAACACCAGCGUUGACUACACCACCUGUCUGUGUGAUCACCUCACACACUUUGGGGUGCUGCUGGACGUUUCCCGGACAGAGCUGGACCCCCACGAUGAGAUGGUGCUGACCUUCAUCACCUACGUGGGCUGCGGCGUGUCCUCACUCUUCCUGGGCGUCACCGUCCUCACAUACACAGCCUUCGAGAAGCUGCGUCGUGACUACCCCUCCCAGAUCCUCAUCAACCUGUCUCUAGCGCUGCUCUCCCUCAACGUGGUGUUCCUGCUCAACUCCUGGCUGUCCUCCUUCGGCAUGUACGGCCUGUGUGUGGGCGUGGCCAGCACCCUCCACUACUUCCUUUUGGCCUCAUUCACCUGGAUGGGCCUCGAGGCGGUCAACAUGUACCUGGCCCUGGUCAAGGUCUUCAACGUCUACGUGCCCUCGUACAUCCUAAAGUUCUGCAUCCUUGGAUGGGGUAUUCCCCUGGUGGUCUGCGUGCUGGUGCUGGUGCUGAACAGAGAUGCAUACAGCAGCCACCUCUAUACUGACACCAGGGCAGACGUGAAGAUGCUGUCUGGAUUCUGCUGGAUCCAGGAUGACAUGACCUUCUACGUGACCGUGGUGGGCUACGUGGGUCUGGUGCUGCUCUUCAACAUAGCGGUGUUUGGGGUGGUGCUGAUGCAGAUCCGUCGCAUGCGGGCCAACCGGCCAGCGGGCAUCAGCGGCGGUCUGCUGAGGGACCUGAAGGGCGUGGCCAGCCUCACCCUGCUCCUGGGACUCACCUGGACCUUUGGGUUCCUCACCUGGGGCCCCGCCCGGGUGCCGCUGCUCUACCUGUUCUCCGCGCUCAACAGCCUGCAAGGGCUGUUUAUUUUUAUCUUCCACUGCCUGAUGAGGGAGAACGUCCGCAGGCAGUGGAGGAUGCAUCUGUGCGGCUGCCUUCGCCUGGAGGAUGACUCUGAGUGGAGCCACACGGUGUCAGUGGGGGCCGGUCGGUCCAACCCCAUCCCGACGGCGCCUCUAGACCAGUCCUUCCACUCGGUCAAGUCCAGCGCCUCCAACAGCACCUCCAGCACCUCCGCCUCCUCAGAGAAGAGCGACCCCUCCACCCGGAGGCCCCACCUGGCGCUGCUGGUGAACGGUUUGGCGUUUCCGCGGGCCCAAGCCGGCUGCUCUCAUUCUGAGCCCCACAGACCCGUCGCGCCGGACGGACCCUUCGCCAGCCCACCUCCUCCGUAGGCCUCCAGGCUUACACUCUAGAAAUGUCCAGCUGUGGAGCCGAUUCAUGUUUGAUCGCAGCUAUUGCAAUAAAGCUUCGAUGCCAGAUCUUACUGUUA